UCACUUGAAAUCUCCAUAAAAAUGGCAAAGCAUAUUUCAGAGGCGACAAUGGAUCAGCCGAUUUACGCCAGCUUCUUCUGUGUAAUGGGCGUUACCGCGGCGAUUGUGUUCACGACUUUGGGGGCCGCUUAUGGUACGGCUAAGUCUUGCUUGGGCAUUGCCUCGAUGUCGAUAAAACAUCCGGAGUUGAUUAUGAAAGCGAUUAUACCAGUGGUUAUGGCUGGCAUUAUUGCAAUCUAUGGCCUGGUUGUCGCUGUCCUGCUGGCCGGCUCGCUCUCCCCUCUGUACAGCAACUUCACGGCCUUCCUCAACUUGGGUGCUGGGAUUGCUGUUGGUCUAUCGGGAAUGGCUUCCGGCUUUGCCAUUGGAAUCGUGGGCGAUGCUGGCAUUCGAGCUACUGCAAUGCAACCGAAACUUUUCGUUGGUCUCGUCUUGAUACUUAUCUUUGCCGAAGUAUUGGGUCUUUACGGGCUCAUUGUAGCCAUCUAUUUGUUCACCAAAUAAAACUACCGAAUAAUUAAAGAAUA